CAUCAGGUCGACCGUUCGGUUGGGUUUCGACCAAAUUAGGUGUUUCCUCUUUUACGUAUUUGUUUUUUGAACCCGCUUAUUUAUCAUAAUUUUAUAUAUUUAUAUAGUUAAAAAUAAAUUAAUAGUUUUAACUUUGUUCCAGUUCCGCUCUUGUUUGCUUUUCGAUAUGGAAACAAACAGCAAAAGAGUGUGGUAGUAGCAUUCGACAAAACAAAUUGAACGCAGCCUCCCAAGGCGCCAAAUUUAAACAAAGAUCUACGACUCCUCGUUACCUUUGUACAAAAUUUGUGGUUUUAGUUACAUUUUAUCUACCUAACACCCCCUUUUGGUCACAAUUAUGGGGGUUCACGAUUUGUGGUCAAUUGUUGAACCGGUUCGCGAGUCGGUGUCGCUGUACAGCUUAAGCGGAAAGACGCUGGCAGUCGACCUUAGUCUGUGGGUUUGUGAGGCCCAGCACGUCCAGGCGAUGAUGGGGAGAGUUACAAAGCCCCACUUAAGGAACUUAUUUUUCCGGGUUUCGUCUCUCUCGCUGAUGGGGAUAAAGCUUGUUUUUGUGAUGGAAGGAACAGCUCCCAAACUUAAAGCUGAAACCAUGAGCAAAAGGACAAAAGCAAGAUAUGGACAGUUUAAAAAUCCCACAAAGUGCAGCACAAACACCAGCAGGGGGCGCUUUAACUCCAUACUCAAAGAGUGUGCAGAGAUGCUGGAUUACUUAGGAGUGCCUUGGGUGAUGGCUGCAGGGGAGGCUGAGGCCAUGUGUGCGUAUUUGGAUUCACAGGGCCUGGUGGAUGGCUGCAUCACCAAUGAUGGAGAUGCUUUCUUGUAUGGGGCCCGAACUGUCUACAGGAACUUUAAUAUGAGCAGUAAAGACCCUCAGAUUGACUGUUAUCAGACUUCCAGAGUGCAAACGGAGUUAAAUCUGUCAAGAGAGAAUCUUGUUGGUUUAGCUAUUCUCCUAGGCUGCGAUUACAUUCCUAAGGGCAUUCCAGGUGUUGGGAAAGAGCAGGCGCUGAGGUUAAUACAGGCACUGAAAGGAGAUUCGCUGUUGCAAAGGUUCAUUCAGUGGAGGGAGGAGAACCCUACUGUGUCUGGUGUGGUUGUAAAAAAGGUUCCUCACUGCAACAUAUGUCGACAUCCUGGCUCAGCCACAGCACAUGGGCGACAAGGCUGCAGACUCUGCAACAGUCAACAAUACUGUCAGCCUCAAGACUUUGAUUAUCAGUGUCCCUGUGACUGGCACAGCCACGAACAGACCCAUCAGGUGGUGUCUUUCGAAGCAAACAUCAAGAAAAAAACACUCUGCAGUCCCCAGUUUCCUUUUACAGAGAUCAUCAACGAGUUUCUGGUUUCCAAGGAUAAACCUGUAUCGCAUUUCAAGAGGAGACAGCCAAAUAUGAUGAUGAUGCAGAAAUUUGCCUAUGAGAAGAUGGAGUGGCCAAAGCAUUACACCAGCGAAAAGGUUUUGGUGUUGCUGACCUACACCGAGCUGAUGAAUCGAAAAUAUGGGACUGGCGUGUCCUCCCAGAUCAAGCCCAUCCGAAUCGUGAAAUCAAGAGUGAGGAACGCUGUGGCUUGUUUUGAAGUCAUCUGGAGAGCUCCAGAACAUUUUGUGUUUCCGGAGGACCGACCUGUAGAGGAGCAGCUUGAGGUGAGGACGGUGGAAGAAGAAUCCCUCUUUCGUCUGGCCUUUCCUGAGGUCGUAGAGAGCUACAUGAGGAGCAAAGCUCUGGUCCAAGAGAGCAAGAAAAAAAGACAGAAAAGAAAGGAGAAACCUUUGGAAGUCUCUGAUAAUGUCACAGAGCUUUUGGCAAAGAUGACCCUUCACGGCUCUUCCACACAACCACAAGCUCUGCUUCCUAGCAGCUCCAACUACAAUCAAACAGAAGUGCUUGUUUUAGACAGUCCGGUCUGCGAUAAGCAGCUUCACAAGGAAAAAGUAGACCACAGCAAUCCCAUCAGACCUCUGCCUCCCACAGCUUCAGAGGAUGCUGCUUCACCAUCUGUUUCUGUUGUUAUUGGCGCUUUACAUUUGAGUGAUAUUGACUGGGAUGCUUCUUCUUUUACAUCCUCCCCUACUCCACAAGCAAAUAACACCACUAAACCGGAGGAAAAGACCACAGGCAAGGAUGAAAGACAGGAGGAAGAGUCGGGACAGGAAGCCUCAGACAGUGUCAAACAGCCAGAUCUGGAUCUGUGUUACACAGACUGUUCUCUGAGGGACAGAUUACUCAUGAGGAACUCGAGUAAAAGUCUGAGUUUGACUCAAACUGAUGAUGUGGUCUCAAAGUACUCAAAUGCUGAUUUAAACUUUUCUGAAAGUAAUUCACAAGGAAAACUCAGGAAGAUCAUCUCAGAGGAGAAAUCGGGUUUUAGAGACAAAGGUCAGUGUGCAUUAAAAGUGACAAAAGAACACGCACAGAGUUCAAGAGAGCAACAAAUUGUUGCACAAGUUCGACAAAAAAUGAUAGAAAACGUCAAAUUCAGCAGAAAUCGUGAACAGAAACAUCCGUUAAUCCAAACUGCCCUGACAUCAUCACAACGAUGCGACUCUUACCCAGGUAAACGUGACAGAAACAACUCAAAACAGCAAACCAUCAAGAAAAGUGUGUGCAUGAGUUUGUGUUCAUCCAGUGAGGAAAGUGACGUAGAAAACUACAAUUCUAAGCCUCAAGGAACCACAAAAGCAGCACCAGACGAGAUCAAGAGUAACUUAAUUUCAAAUCCUCCUCUGAGACUUGUGCCUAAAACAGACAAGCUAGACAGAAAAACUCCCUGUGAGGAGGUCAAACCCUUAAAAUCUGUUUUAGCUCAAAUUAAAAAUCAGGACAUACAUGGGCCUGAAACUGAUGGUGUGUUUCUGCAGUCUCCAGACUCACCUGUGACUGUGUUAGAUGAGGAAGACUCUUUGAUUUGUAGCGACAGUCCACUGCCAUUGGCAGAGAGGCUGAGGCUCAAAUUCAUGAAGUGAGUUGCAGAGGUUAAUCUGUCCCACUUGAAAUUUUGAUGACAUCCUGUUUGAUAUUAAAAUAAAUAUCAGUCUUUAAAGUGACAUUUUUAAAGAUGAAUGUCUAAACAUGUUUUCUUUCUCCAGUAUUAUUUUUUGUAUAUAAUGUAUCUUUUUACAUAUUUGCAUUCAGAGCAGAAAAAUCCCUUAUAAUUGGGUCAAUUUUGGAACAUUAGGCUUGCUAACCUAUUUCAAUGUAAAGAUUCGAACUGUGUAAUUGUAAUCACUGAAACAAAGAGAUCAAGCUUUUCAGAAAGCAUGAAAUAUUAAAGAGAUGUUUUAAGUCUUUUCCCAUA